CGCAGGGCCAGAAGGAGUUCCGGCGCCGGCGAGGCGGUGUUGGUUCCCGGGGUCAGUUGUUGCGGUUGGUGGCCCGUCACUGCGCCGAGAUGCUGCGGAAGCUGCUGGGUCUUCGUCAGGUUGCCCAGAGGACCAUAAGUACUGCUUCACGCAGGCCGUUUGAAAAUAAAGUUCCUGAGAAACAAAAGCUAUUUCAGGAGGAUAAUGGAAUUCCAGUGCAUCUAAAGGGUGGGAUAGCUGAUGCCCUCCUGUAUAGAGCCACCAUGAUUCUUACAGUUGGUGGCUCAGCAUAUGCCAUAUAUCAGCUGGCUGUGGCUUCAUUUCCCAAGAAGCAGGAUUGACUUCGGGGCAUCAUCCCAGCAGUCAGUUGGUUCAGUUUCAUUCAGCUCUCUGUGGACCAGUAAUCUGAUAAAUAGCUGAGUUCUUGUUUGGGGAUCAGUAUUUAUUGACUUGUACCAACUGCCACCAAUAAAGCAGUCUUUACCAUG